UGGAGUGUCCUUCUUUAUGCAGACGCGUCAGUACGCGAGCCGGUGUCUUCUCGGCAGCCCACCGCCACCAUUCAACUUCAAAUGCUUCGUGUCUACCUUCAUCUUCUCGCCCCACAACGCCCAUCGUCAUUUCGCCAGAAGUGCUAGGAAACGGAUCUAAACCGAUAUCCGACCCGCGCCUUUCGAGCCUGAUGACCUCCGCCGCCUUGCAAUCCUCCCCCAGCUCGUCACUCUGUCCAGCCCUCUCGUCGACUCAAAUUGCAAAUUCAGGAGAAGGUCAAUUCUCUGACGCUGGCAGUGAUCAGGAGGAAGCUGCCGAUAGGGAAGCGCACAAGAGGAAGAGAGUCAAGCUGAACUCUUUUCACUCGACGCGAGAAAGCCUUCUUCCCCUUCCGACGAAGAGCAGUAGUGCCCAAGGACCGGCCUCAAGAAAAGAACAUGAAACCUUCCACCAUCUUGCGGAUGCCAAUGAGGAUCAGGACACUCCAGAAGUUGAAGUUGUUGGUGGUGGAGUGGGCCUGCCGCUCAAUACGGAAAGUGCAGCAAGCACGAACAAAGGUCUUCGAAGUACCAGACCUGCAAAAUCGAGCCCAGCGACCGUUGCUAACCAAACAGCAAAUACGUAUGAUUGCAAGGGUCAACUUCCUAUGGCUACUCGAAGACUGGCCAUGUUGGUGGGCAUCCCGGAAUCCUCGCAAGCCAUCAUCCAGAGUACCCUGUCUCUCCCGUCUAGUCGCUCGAAGCUUAGCAACAGUCAAUCUUAUGGUAGCACACCUCGAGCUGGUACGAACCCCCAAGGCACGGCAUGCCUUUCAACUUCGGAUAGUUUGAACUGUCCUGUUCCUUCCUCCUCCGCUUCCAAUGACUGCACCCCCCGCUAUCCCAAACCACCCUCAUCGGCGGGUGCAGCUUGUAGCUCUCCAAGGGAUUUUUCGAACUAUGGCGCCACUGUCAACGCACGGCCCGUUGCAGCACGCAGGUGCGCGUCAACAUCUCGCGCAGUCUCCGGCCUUACGCCAAAUACGACAGACGGUGGAUCCCAUCAGGCGUCACGUAUCUCUUCACACGGCUCGAGUUGCGACACACGCGUCGCCAAUCAGGAUUCCCGCUCGGAUUCAGUUGCCCCGCGUUAUGGACGUGCAUCCAGUUCUUGUGACGAUUAUACAAUGCCCGCCCCCGGAAGCUUCUCGAUUCGUGCACCUCCGGCCGCACAGCUGCUGCAACGUUAUGAUCCUUCACUAUGCUCGGAGGCAUCCGAAGUGACGAGUCGGGGGGCAGGUCAUCAGCUCGAAUCAUUUGAAGAAAGUUCCGAAUUCGAUGGUUCCAGUCAGCCCCCUAGUACAUGCCCUGCCCAAAGUCCCAGUGCAUGCUCCUCCCAAACUAUCAUGGUCUCAGUACUUCCAUCGAUGGCUCACGGAAACCCCAACAAGCGCAAGGCGAGGACUAGCCGAUCACAAACGGCCGGAAGUGAUAAUGGACUAUCCGAAAUCGAGCUUGUGAAGCCGCCACCGACGAUCAAUGGGAAAGUCUCACAUGGGCGCAAGGUGCCAGUUGGCUACAUCAAGCGGACACCAAAUUCAUUCUUGAUGUUUCGGUCCCACGUCAUUGCCAACAAGUUACUACCGCCUGGGGUCGAGAACGAUAACCGGCAAAUUUCCAGAGUGGUGUCGGGCCUUUGGGCAGGGCUGAGUGAGGAGGAUUUGCGAUCGUGGCAGACGGCUUCGAGAGAAUUGAGGGCAGCCGCCCGCGCCAGGAAUCCCGGCUUGAAGCAUGCUCCUAACCAAAAGAGGAAGGAAGUAGUCCGCCGUCGACGAAGUGGCCAACUGCCUGGCGAAACACCCGAACAGCGAGUCGAGCGAGAGAAGGCAUCUGCGGCUGCAGUGGCCAAAGGGAUCAUCAAUUCUCGAGGAGAAAAACUUGGCAAGGGCAAGAUGGUACCAUUACCGGGUAGUUCUGCACGACCUUCCACUUCGAACGCGGUCAUUCAUCCUCGUGAUGAUCCAGUGCGUGACACCAGUCGCCCCGAAUUCCGUGCCCCGGUUCACUACUUCUGCCAGCCAGGUAAUGGUCAAGCAGCCACCCCACGGUCAGACUAUGCCGAGUCCACCCUGACGACUUCCCCAGUUGCCGAGGCCCGUCGAUCGCUGUCGUGCGUACCGGAGUCUGUUGCAGAUGAGUCAUCAGCUCGACAAGCCCCGAUGACUGCAUCCGAACUCUCAACCGGACACCAAGACGUGGAAAUGCUAUCCCAACCGCAACAGUCCCACAUGAUCCAUCAGACAACCCACCAAGGAGCUCAACAGACACCAAUAAUUCAUCCAGUCAACCUGGAUCCGAGGAUGGGGUACACAGCCAGCGAACCAUCCCAAGCUACUGUCCAACAGGACCCCAGACUGUCGGUUUCUUCCUCCGGCCCUCCCGUUGCCAAUCAGAACGGGCUCUCGCUCAACCAGCCCGAUACGGAAGCAUACUCGGGAUUAUUUUCGCAUGUAGGCACUGGGCUUGACGUUCCGGGAAGUUUGCCUGCUCCGUUUUCGGACGAAAUAUGGCGGUCACUCGGUUUGACAACCUCAGACUUGACUCCAACUCAACCGACAACCAGCUCUCUACCGCCGCCUACGACAGCUACGAUGCAUGAUAACAACUUCCAUGGAAAGAGCUUUGCGAUGAGAGACGAUAGUCAGAACCAACUUCAGAGUUCCCCUUUUUGGCCCCAAGGGACUGGAUUCAACAAUCUCGUGAAUUCCAACCCGGCCGAAUAUCCGUUUCGGGAGCCUGCAGUUUCUGAACACAGUUCGCAGAUCAGUGGGUCUGGGGCCUCGCAACAAACGACAUACCCCUUACGGUCCCAAGGCUCUCAAUCGGACUGCUCAAAGCCGCUCGAGUUCAGUGCAUUGAUCGACGAUUCCUCCUUUUCGGAUCCGUUGAAGUCCGACGGAUUGGACUUCGACUCCAUGUAUCUCAGUUACCAGUCCCAUUCGGCUUCCAACCAGGCCUUGGAAGACGCCUGUCAAUCCUUGACCACCAACAAUCUCGCCCAGAACACUUUGGACAAUAAUAACACUUCUGCAGGGCCUACUCUUAACCAGGAUCACCAGAAAGAGUUUUGGGUGAAUUCGUAGGAUUCUAUAUUCCCUCAGGAAUCCGUCCUUCCUCACUACCCCUUUUUUUUGAGACUUGCGCAGUCACUGACACCACAGACAUUUUCGAGCCGUCGAUUCUAACUUCCAGCGGUAGAAGAUCCGUUAAACCAUCCCUCAACCAAUCAGCCUCCCUCCAAACUGCUCAAUAAAGUUCUUCAUUCGAAACGCUCCUUCCAAAGCUCUAUCAACUCGUUUUGUCGUUAGAUAUAUAUAUAAAAAUCAAUCAGGCUGUAGUCUCUACCCUGCAUCGUCACCCAAGUC